GUGUUGCAGGUAAGUUGUUGCUGGAGACGCUUGAUCCAUGGUGUUUCAGGGAUGGUGCUGGGACUUCACGGUCAGCUCACGGUACUUGGUGUUUUGGUGCAUCUUGUAUUGCUUUAUUCCAUCUUUGACGUCUAUUACACGUCACCGCUGGUCAAAGGAUUGCAUCCGCAUUCGAUCACGAAGGGGAGAGGUCUCGCCGAUCGUCUGGUCAUUUUCUCCGCGGAUGGUUUGCGUGCCGAUACGUUCUACAGUAAUCCUGAAAAAUCAUCGUUCCUGCAUGAAAUCAUCCGAUCGAAUAAGGGUUUUUGGGGUAUAAGUGUAAGUCACGUGCCGACCGAAUCACGUCCUGGCCAUGUUGCGAUGCUCGCCGGUUUCUUUGAGGAUGUCAGUGCUGUUAGCAGAGGCUGGAAACAUAAUCCAGUCCCAUUUGACAGCAUCAUCAAUAGAUCAGCGAUAACGUGGGCAUUUGGCAGCCCGGACAUUGUACCGAUAUUCACAAGUGGAGUGAGGCAUGCCAGCGCCAAAACGUAUUCGGCUGAUUUGGAAGACUUUCAGCAGGAAGAUGCCGCACAACUCGAUCGAUGGGUGUUCCAAAAAAUGGAAGCAAGUUCCCACUGUCUUCUUUUUUUGCACUCCCAUGCACUGUUUUCAUGUGAUCUUUUGAACAGCACGGAUGAAUUUACAGUGAAGCGUUUGCAUUCCGAUCGCGCAGUAUUCUUCUUGCAUUUGCUGGGAUUGGACACAAUUGGACAUGGCUUCAAGCCUCAUUCAGCAAAUUACAUUGAUAAUAUAGAAGUUGUGGAUUCGGGCAUUGAAAAUGUGACCCGUCUAGUCGAAAACUUCUACGACGAUAAUAGGACAGCAUUCAUGUUUACUUCGGAUCAUGGAAUGACGGACUGGGGUUCGCAUGGUGCUGGCACGGAAGCUGAAUUGCUCACGCCGCUGCUGAUUUGGGGCUCAGGCGUACGGCACUCUACAGGCAGCGUUAAUAUUAGUCAGGUAUGUAUGUGCAUAUCAUCUCCAAGAUGGCCUUUGCGCAGUCGUUCGAUUUGA